GACUAAUUGAAAACAUGGAUUUCUCAUCUUCUUCAUUCCUAGAUUCAAAUACAUGUCUUGUAUCUGUAGUUUCUUGGUACUGAGAGUGGGACUAGAGUCAUUCAUAGACCAAGUCACAAAGUUUCAAAUAUUCUUUUGAGAAAGGAAAGCAUGGGAUUGAGUGUGGUGUUUGGAGUGCCUGGUCCUGCCUGUGCAAUUCCUGAUCAGGUGGUAGAUAGAGGCUUCUUGGUGACAUAUGGAAGACUGAAUGUGAGUAAUGAGCUAAGAAAAGUGAUUAAACUACUGCAGAAUUUCUGUGAGGAUGGUUGGCACACCAGGAGCGUGUUGAAAAUAUGAGAAUUUCAUGUUGCAUAAUUAAAGGAACCAGUGAAAUAGACCAUACAGUCAGAGCAAAAUGAAUCCCCUAUCCUUUAAAAUGUCUGAAAAUGGACCAUCAGAGUGGAAAUGUAUUCUUAUUUUCACACAAUUUCUUUCAGAGAGAGCAUGAAGUACUGUCUGUCUUGUGGACACUUUUGGUUAGAGAAGUUCCAGUCCCUUCCUAUUUUAGUUUGCAAGCAUUUUCUAAGUUUAAACUUCCUGUAUUCUAAGAAGUAGAAACAACAAGAGAAAGAGAUUACAAAAAUGUCUGACAACAACUCUUAACUUUUAAAAUUCUGCCAAGACAUUAUUUUUAAUGUUAAAUUGAAGCAGCAGUUUUAACCAUUUUUAUUAUCAAAUACUGUAAGGUUUUUAAGACAUACUGCUCACUUGUGGAAGAGUUGCAAAUUUCAUUACCUGGCAAAAGAAAAAAAAAAAAGAAGGAUGAUAUAAUUAAUUUACACUCAAAGUACAGUUGCCUGUCAUAAAAAUAUGUCAGCAAAGAACCAGGAAAGGGUGGAUAGUGGCUUUUAUAUUUUUGGCUACUCUGUUGUAGUAUCUUUUUAUUUUCCUGGUUUUUCUUUGUUAUUCUGAAAAUGAAUCAGGAGUACAGCUGAACACAGAUUAGCCAUUACAGCAUUAGAGUUUCCUACAAGGUAGUAUCAGAAUGAUUUUCUUUUUCCUUUUUGUCUCAUACCUAAAUGAGCAGACAUAAGUUUGUAUCUGCUCUCUGACUGGGGUACUUCAUUAGCUGAGUGUCUUCUGAAAAAUUGCUUGGUGGUUUCACUGUCAGGCAUUUCCUCUAAGUGUCCUGCAUGCAUCUGAAAAUCUUCCAUGCUUAAAUAUGAAAAGUCACAUUCUUUAAAUCUUAACUUUUAAAAGUGAAGAUAAUUGUCUUUUUUACAGCAGCAUACCAGUUCUGGACUGUUAGUAAUUUCUUCAAAUUGCAAGUAAUUCAGGAUGUGGUUCUACUGUUUAAUAUGUGCUUAAUGUGGGGGAAAGAAGGAAGAUAAAGAUGAGACAUCUACUUGUGGAUCCUUUUGGUGUGUUCAUCUUUGCUAUACAUUUAUUGCCUAGCAUGUCUAUUUCAGUAAAAAAUGGGAACAGUUUAGUAGCUGCUUCAACAUUUUUCUAGCUAGAUGUGUUCUAGACUGAUUUAAGCCUGUCAUAGCCACGCACGGCGAAAAAAUCUGCUUAAAGCUAAUGAAGUGGAUCUCCUAUUGAACUUCAUAUGUGGAGAUGCCUUGCAACACACAGGCUUUCCAAGCAUGGUGUUGAAGAGUUAGGUAUUUAAGAAUUCAAUAAGUCAAGUUAGAUCUAAAAUCCAAUGAGAAAUUUUGAGGGAGGGAGGGGGAAUACAGUUAGGCAGCUAUAUACUCCUGGAAAGCACUCAGAUUUAAGCCAUGUGGCAAGGACAGCUGGCUCUCAUGAACAACCGUGAAACUGCUGAAUUUUGUUUUGGGGCUUCAGUAUAGCUAGCAGAAGAAAGACCACUGGUAUGACUUAGUAAUACUGCCAUAGUGUGUUUUCUGCAGUACCUGGACACAAAAUAAAGCUAAACCACUGAUGGACGUACAUGCUGUGAAGAUACUUACAUGGAUAAUAAAGUUUUGUAUUUUUGUACUACUGCCAUUCAAAUAUUCAGUAAAAGCACUUGGCAAACACUAAUGAAUUUGUUCCGACAACAGAAGCAAAGACAUGACAGCCAACAUUUUUCAAAUUUAAGUAUUUAAAAUUAGACACCAAACUGGUUUUAGAACCCAUGAUAAAAAUUACUGAAUUUUUACAACUGUAGAAUACUCACAGCUCUCUGCAAGUGGCUUCAUUACUCAUACAAAAUAUAAGCAUUUGUGGAAUACAUUAUUUUUUUCCACCAGUGUGGAAAGAAAAACCUCAUCCUGUUAAAGUUAAUUGCCAAGCUCUCAUUCUCAUUCAGGGAGUCUGUAUUGAGUUCCUGGGUUCUGAGGAAACAGCAGCUGGUGAUGUGUUGCUGAAGCUGCUGCUAAGGUUUUUGAAACUGAUUUCAACGAGAGUUUUGAACUGAUCUCUGAGGGUUGGACCAUUGCAGGUUAGCUGCUCUGGUAAGUAACUGUAUGUAUACUUAUUUACAUCGUAUCAGAUUUCAGCCCCCCGAGUGCACAAAAAGGAGAACAACAGCAGCAACAACAACAAAGUCGACCAGGCCUUUCGUCAGCAAAAGGUAUAAAUAUAUAAAUAGAGAGGGACCAAAGGCUUGCUGAAUUGCAACUAUGUCAGACAAACAAGGAUAAAAUUAAAAAGUAGUUUAAAUUCUCAUUAAGAUAUGUACACAGGUUGAAGAAAAAAAAAAAAAAACUAGAAGAAGUUGUAUAUAAUGCUAGCAAGAAAAACACAUCAGGAAGGGAGGGAAGAAAGCAAGAAGGAACCUCAAAUCAACCCUCCCAACCUCCACAGAUAAGGAUCAUGUAGCUUAAAGAAGAACUUGCAUUUUAAAAUACGAGCUUGAAAAACCUUUAUAUUUGUUAACCAGAACUCUGCUAGAGUUCUGCUUUAAGAGAAUCUUAGGAAAGCUAGAUUGACCAAGCAUCAAGCUUUUUAUUUUUUCCCCUCUUGAGAAAAAUUUUUUUUGGUGCUUAUUGGAUUUUUGACCCAUCCUAUUUUAACUCCUUAUAAAUCUCAACCUUUUGGAUAACUUUGCCUGAUACAACUUCCUUCCCAGACUGACCUGGACAGCCACCAUGCACAACUGCACUGCCAAAAUUCCGCACGCGGCUGCGACAUGUAAUGAGACGUGGCCCACCCAGCCUCCGAGCACCGAGUUCUCCCUGGGUGUGUUGGUGCUGCUGGCUUUCCUCAUGGUGCUGCUGUGUCUGGUGACCAUCCUUGGAAACAUGCUGGUGAUCCUUGCUUUCAUGAUGGACAGAAACCUCAGGCAUCGGAGUAACUAUUUCUUUCUGAAUCUUGCUGUUUCUGACUUUGCAGUGGGUGCAUUCUGUAUGCCAUUGUACAUCCCUUACGCCCUGACAGGGACAUGGCACUUGGGAAGGAGCCUGUGCAAGCUCUGGCUGGUCAUGGACUAUCUUGUGUGCACAGCUUCAGUGUUUAACAUUGUCCUUAUCAGCUACGACCGUUUCCUGUCGGUUACAAAAGCGGUAUCUUACAGAGCCCAGCAGGGAAUAAUGUCCAGCUCUGCCAUCAAGAUGGUGGCCAUCUGGGUCUUAGCAUUUCUCCUGUACUGCCCAGCCAUCCUGUUUUGGGAGCACGUGGCCGGACGCAGCGUGGUAGCGGUGGAUCAGUGCUACGCUGAGUUCUUGAACAACUGGUACUUCCUCCUGUGUGCUUCUACCCUGGAGUUCUUUGUGCCCCUGCUCUUGGUGACCUACUUCAACGUGCACAUCUUCCACAACAUCCAGAGGCGCCAGCGGCGUGGCAGCGUGCAGGACUGCGAGCCUCCGAGGAGCAGCAGCCUGUCCUGGAGGUUUUGUGGCUUGCUGAGGCCAGGGGCAUCAUCUCCUUCAUCAGAAGCAGAGGACAGUGUUUCAUCACUGACAAGGCCAUGGAGAUCACCAGUGGUGGCUAAUGGUCCAUCUCAAACAGAAACCAAUUCUACAACUCUCAAAAGGAACUUUUCUGCUUGUUUCUGUUCAGGGACUGGAUCAAAACUGCAGCGGGACAAGAAAAUAGCGAAGUCUCUUGCCAUAAUUGUCUGUGUGUUUGCCAUUUGCUGGGCCCCAUACUCUUUAUUAAUGAUUAUCCGCGGGGUCUGCCAAGGAAAGUGCAUCCAUAACUCCCUCUAUGAAGCAACCUUUUGGCUUUUGUGGAUCAAUUCCUCCUUGAACCCAUUUCUUUAUCCUCUCUGUCAUAUGAGGUUUCGAAUGGCUUUUCUGAAGAUAUUAUGUCUCAAAAAGUUUGCAACAUUGAAAUCUGGUAACACGCCUUCUAUUUAGAGGGGUAAAAGAAAUGUCUUACAGAUAAGGUUCCUCUGUUAUUUAGUGAUACCUUUUCAUAUGUAUGGUCGGCAUGAAUAGAGAAAAAACCCAUUUGUUUACUAAUGACAUUGUUUAAGAGUGCAGCAGCAUUAUAUAGUUGCCCUGAUGUUGCUAAUUUUCAGAAUCUCAUUUUUGGUUUUGCUGGUAUGAUGUUAGAUUAAUUACUGUCUGUACAUUGAAAAUGAUAAUAAGCCUUGCUGGAUGUCCUCUUGGUUUGUGAGUGUGAGGUAUAUUAUUUUCUUUCUCUUUUUUUUUCUCUCCUUUGUUUAAUACAUAGAGCUGGCACUGUGAAAGAACUCUGCUCUUGCUAUCUCCAUAGAGAGUCUCUGGAGGGAGAUACCUGCUCAUGUAUGUGUUGAAUUAAAAUUUAUGUCCUGUUUAUGAACCUAAAGCUAUCAGUGAAGAAGCAAUACUGCUACAUUUUUAAAAGAUUAUAAAAAUUCUCACAGAAGCAGUAUAUUUUCAUUUCAUAAACUAUUAUGAAGACAAAAGCGUGCCCUCUCCUUGUUAUAAUCGCCACAGUGAGCAAUAUGCAAGUGAACGGACUGCCUAACCUGCCAUAUCUGUCCUUUUAAAGUUUUAAUGUAUUUUGUACCUGGGAUUGCAGGACAAAGUUAAGUUAGUAAUUCUGAAUGAUUUUCAGAGAAUGAAAUUUUCCAUGCUAUGAGAAUUUUGAGAUAUGUUAUCAAAAUUAUCAAACAUAAGUGGUUGUUAGUCUUUUCACUUGUACUGUUUUUUUCACCUGACAGUGGCUGCCUCUUCAGUCAUGCUUAAAUGAUAUUUAGUGCCAGAUCUGUGCACUAUGUGAUUGCCUAAAAGAUAGGCCAGGCUUGAGCACAUGAUCAUAUUCGUGUUGAAUGAGCAGAGCAAGCAAUGCUGAGUUCAUACGGAAUUUAUGAUUUUGGCUGUCUGUGCAAAAAUAGACAAUAGCCUCUCUGAUGUAAAGCUUUGCAAGUGCAAAGAUAUUCCAUCAAAAUGUCUGGAACAAAUUUGAUCUGACAGAGUGAUUUUUAUACUAGUACAGUUCUUUGUGUCCUGUUACUGUGACAUUAUAUGGAUUUUCUCUGCCACAGAACAAAUAUCAAACUCGAUUUUUUUCAAUUGGGGAGCAAGGUUCACUGCUUGAGAAUGAGGUUUACAGAGGUCUGGAAGCUGAUACAGAGAUGUCUUAAGCAGCUCUUAACAGAGAAGUUGAAUGUCCAGUGCUGAAAGGAGUGAGCAGAUGUCUUGGAGGAAGCAAUGGAGCUUGAUUACACCCCAUUCCAUUUGCUAAACUUUCUUACCUUGUGUUGAGUGUUGCAACUCACCCAGAAGGCUUUCAUGGUAAGUGAGAGUCAUUGGCUACCUUUUUUUCUCUCCUUUUGUGUAAUUUUAUUCCUCCUUGUUUUUAAAUAUAAUAAUGUAUGAAAAUCUGAUGCACAGAACAAUGAAGAGCAGUAGUCAAUAUAAAUAGUUUUUAAUCCAAUUUAAAAUGGCUGUAGUAGUGUUUCCAUAACAGAGUACUCCUUUGCAAACACAGUUCUAAUGCAUGGAAGCAGCCUAAUUAUAUCACAAAUGUUGAUGGCUUUGAGGAGGUAGAAUGUUUUUCUCUUCAGAGGUCUGGAACUGAAGACUUCUCUUGCCAGUUUUCACACUGCUGGAAGGUUAUCUUUCACCAUUCAUUCUCGCUAUGCUUCCUUGUCUCAUGUGGAUAGUGUUAUGAGUUGUGAGCCUAAUUGCUAAGAGAGGUGCAGCUUCAGCUGUUUUUACUGUUUUUACUGUGGUGCUGGCACAGAUUUUGUGGGGUUUGUUUUUCUGUGAUGCUUGAAAAAAAUCUAAACUCACAGAGUUAAAACAUUUAUAGAAUAGCUGGUGUACUAAACAUCUGUUCAACAGAGCAACUGAAGAUGAGUCCAAGAUAGAAAUGUAUUUGGGUUGUCUGCUUUCUAUCCCUAUGCUUUUAGUAUAAAUAUUCACUUUGCAUUUUGUACUUGAAGAAUGUUAAUUUUGGAAAAAUAACCUACAAAAUUAUUGACUAAACUGAGUCGAUGUAUUGCAGUGCUGGAAAACUAAUUAGGGAAUUUGCCAGGCAGCACAAUCUGCAGUGAACUUGAAACAACAUAGCAUGGUGAAGCUACUAAAGAUCAGUGUUGUUUAGAGUCUGUUUUACACAUACAGUGUUCAAACUGUUUUCUCAUACCACUCCUGUGUAUGAGAUGAAUUUGUUGUUGAAAACUUUGCUUAGUGCUCCCAGGGUAAGUCAAGCACUGGGUUGCUCUGCCCACAGCUUUAACACUGUCUUGGUCAGGGUCAGGGUGGCAUCCUAAAUACUGUCCCUUGUAAAUCACAAAACAGUCAUUUUUCAGGGUUAUGGUAAGAUACUUAUUCAGCAUUUGUUCUUAUGCCCCCACUCAAAUGGAUGUUUCUUGACAAAGGGUUUUCUAACCCAGGUCUCUCUAACCAAUUAUGCAUCCAUUCACUAUUUCAUGUCAUUGAAUUCUCUUUUGUCUUUGCAGAUAUUCAGUAGGCCUUCUAAAUACAUGAUGACAGUAGCUAUAUGACUUUGUGGGCUUCAGCUCAAACCACAUCAGUUUUUUUCUAAUCUGACCCUCUCAGAUUUAAAAGAAAAAAAAAAAAAAACACUCAACAAAUAAAAUUGUAUGUUGGAA